UCGAAUACAUUGCUACAUUACUUUCGUUUAACUUACAGUUAUAUAUUGUGGUAUAAUUAGGGUCAUUCCCAGGAUAAACAAGACCAGAAAGAUGAAUUGGGUCGGAGGAUCUCGAUCCCUUAUCUCAUGGAAGUGACAUUGCUUUUCAGGAAGCGCAUUAUGAUGAAAAAUGACACCAAGAAGCAACGGGAAUAUUUUGCCCAAAAAAGAUUGCAGAAGAAGCUUCAGACUUUGGGGCUACCCACUUCUCCCAAACGAGAGGGCAGUGGAAGCAUGGAUCUGGUUACAUUGUUCAUUGUCAACCAAAUCGCAUCAAAGAAACCAACAAACAUUCAGCCUAAAGUAGCGCACUUCAAAGACCUGAAGGGACCUAAGAAGGCCAAGCCUGGCGAGCUCCUAGCUCUACCCAUGAGCCCCUGCUCACCUUCUCGAUUGGCCCUGGCUGAGGCCCAACCCAUACACAGUACAUCAUUUGAGAGGGAGAGGAGCUUUACAAAGAAGAAAAAAUACAAUUAUACCUUGUUUAAGCAACCAGAGCUAUCUCCUGUCCUGGAAUCCAACAUGUCAGAUCUCAGUGCGUCAGACUACCAGCACAGCGUACGCGACUCGUUCAGCCCCUUUUCCGUGUCCUCGACGGCGAGCUCCAGCUCGGCAGCAGGCCUGUUCCCUUCCCAUCAGCCAACGCACUCACACACAGCUCCUUCCCAUCCGCUUCCCUGGGACACCAACUCUCAGUCAGAGCAUAGCCAGUUCAACCCCUACUUACCUCCCAGUGGAGGGAGAGAGAGGGAGCUGUGGUUAGCGGACCAGGCAGGGCCCUCUGGGCACAUGCACACUAGCACACCACUUCCAAGGCAUCAGUUUGGACCCAGAGACCCAGUAGCCAGUGACAGUAGGAUCCCUGACACGCCAGCCUUUCCCUUCAGUGUAUCAGACCAGGCAGCACCGUCCAGCAACAUGCACACCAGCACACCACUCCCAAGACAUCAGUUUGGACCCAGAGACCCAGUAGCCAGUGACAGUAGGAUCCCUGACACGCCAGCCUUUCCCUUCAGUGUAUCAGACCAGGCAGCAUCGUCCAGCAACAUGCACACCAGCACACCACUCCCAAGACAUCAGUUUGGACCUAGAGACCCAGUUGAGAGAAGGCCCCCUGACACCCCAGCGUUCCCCUUCAGUGCCUCAGAGCAGAGGGAUCCUCAGCAGUCUCUCUUCAGGGGCUUCUGCAAUAAGAACUACAACACACCGGUUAUCUCAUCAGGUCCAUUUGAUAAUGGGUCCAUGAACAUCCAUCUCCAAGAGGAACCUGCCUUCCCAACAAGAACACAAGGCCUGGUAGAGUCCCAGUUCAGAGAUGGUCAACAGGAUCAAAGACAAGAUGUGUUCCCAUUUGAAGACACUGGGCAAGGUGAUGCAUUUGAGCAAGAGUCGUUGAAGAGCGAGUCUCCCAGUUACUCCCCCAGAGAGGACUAUGAGGCCAGUGCGUCUGACGAGGAAAUGGACCAUUGCUGUUGCCACCACCAUACCCAUGAUGCCAGUUCCAUAACCCAGCACAACCUCGCCGAUGCCCAGCUACACCAUAGUGGCACUGAGAAAGUCCGAGGGGUGCAUAACUCAGGCCGCCAUGUUCCUUCUACCACUGCAAGGGAUCAUGGGAGUUUUGGCUCUGCCAAGGACCAGUAUGUUCCUGCUCGUAACCCACCAGCUGACACCCAGAGGCCAAUGACCCCGCUCUCAGUUGCUUCCCAACCCAAACCUGCACCCCAAACACGCGACAUGGGCACGCAGACAACCCCCAGCCCUCACCCUACCCUCAUCGAAGCCUCCACUCAGUGCUGCCUCCCCUUGGACAUGGAAGACACUGCAACCCAGACCGAACAGCAGCAGCAGCAGCAGCAGCAUUGUCGCCCUCCCGAACAUGCAGUUCCUACAGCUAACUCUAGAGAGCAGCAUGAGCACAAGGAUGAGAGUGAGCGAGCUAGACACAGGUGGCUGGGCUGCUCUACUGCUGCUGGGGCGUCUCCUGUCUCUCUGGCGGAGCCACACACACCGACCGCGCACUCACUCACACACACACACGCUCAGGAGCGUCACAGUUUCAACGAUAACACACACAUUCCUACCUCAAACACACUGACCACUCUCACACACCCACCAAGUGCACACACCCACACUCACACACCCUCUGCACACACACAUGCUCGCACACACACACCAACCAUGCACGUUCACACACACACACCAACCGCACUUGCUCACACUCACACUCACACCGCACACACAUACGGUCACACACCCACCGCACAUACCCACGAUCAUGCUCUCACACACACUCGGGAGCUCCACACGCCUUGGCAGGCAGCUGCAGGAUCACACACGACGACGACGAUGCUGAAGACUCCGGAGCGAGGAGGUGGUGGCCGAUUUGGACCAGUGCCGACAUCAACGCCCGCCGUUGUUCCGUGGCCGGUGCGCACCUGGGCCCAGCAGCAGAGACAGCCCAUCGUGAGACAGGCCUGCCUGGAUGCCGACCGGCCUCCCACGCCCUUCCUGGGUGGAAAAACACUCUUCCACCAUCAGCAGUAUGCAGAGGAGGUGAGAGGAGGGCAGUCACCCGAGCUCAAAGAAGAAGAAGAAGAGGAAGAAGAAGACAGAGGAGGAGGAGGAGGAGGAGAAAGAAGAGAGGAAGAGCGACAGGAGGGUGACGGGCGAGUGGCGGAGGAGAGCGAGAGCGACAGCGAGAACAUGGAACGAGAGAGAGAGCAAGAACGAAGGGAAGAAGAGGAUCCGUGGUGCGAAAACUCCACCGUCUCCGAGGAGACCACGAUGGUAAGGGAGGGAGUGCGGAGGGCGGCAGUGGAAGAGAGAGCGAGAGCAAGUGAAACUGAAGUGGUGGCAGGAGAGGACAAAGGUGCGAAGAGAAGCCGCUCCGAGGAGGAGGAGACGCCGAUGGUGAGGACAGGCGUGCUGAGGGCGGGAGAGGGAGAUGGAGUGGGAGGGUUGGUAGUGGGAGCAAGGGAAAUAGAAGUGACGGCGGAGAGAGGCAGAGGUGUGAAGAGAGAGCAAGAGCGGAGGGAAGAGGGUGUGUGGAGUGAAAACUCCACCGUCUCUGAACAGAAGACGUUGGUAAGGUCGGGAGCAGGAAAGAGAGAGGGGGAGAGAGAAAGAGAGGUGACAGUGGAGGAGAACAGAGAGCAAAGUGCGGAGAGCAGCGUCUGCGAAGAGGCUGACAGUCUCCAGGAGAUCGCUGACAUUCUCCUGAUGAUGAAACGCAGGAAGGAGAGCCUGACAUGAAAAACAGCAACAGCUGGAGGAAAAUGAAAAGAGCACAUUGUAACACCAGCAAGGGCAAAUGUGUGUGUUUGUGUGUGUGACGCAUACUGUGCUGAGCAUUCAAAGGCGUUCAGGAAACUGAUAUAUUUUUAGACGCAUACCCACAUGCAUGCAGUCAUGCACACACGCACGCACGCACACACACACACACACACACACACACACACACACACACACACACACACACACACACACACACACACACACAGCAUCAUAUAACAAAAUGUCUUUUCCAAGUUCCAAGACACACUUGAUAUAUAUUUUUUUAUUUUUCUCAUUUCUUCUGGUACAGAUUCAAGUUUUAAAAUGUUUUUAAAUAUAUUACCUUUGAUAGAAUAUAAAUUUCUAGCAAAACAUUUACAGCAACAAUAGUCAAAUGUACUGUACAGCACUGCCAAGGCAAAUGAACCACCACUAAUUUUGAAUGUAUAGAAGAAACAACUGCAAGUUCAACUGUGACCUGUGAAACAAAAUGCCAUUAAAACAUGGAUGUUCUUCCAUUUUUGAUAAAUGAGAACAGAAUACUUCA